AGAGGGAGGGUCUGCACGGUGGAGAGAGAGAGACAGAAAUGAUGUAAAAGAGGCAGUUUUAGUGACAGUGUAGACAAAGGUAGCUUCAGAGUGCAUGUGCGCCCUCUAUUUCAUUCACACACACUCUCUUUCUCUCUCACACACACACAUCCUCUCUCUCUUCUCACUCACUCACUCACUCACUCACACAGACACACGCACACACCCUGGAGCAGAAGCAGCAGAGCAGUGUGGGUGUGAGGCAGCAUGAGAAGUGAUAUCUGUACUUCUACACAUACAGCUGGCUGAUGGACUAACUUAAUUACAGCACACACACACACACACUUACUGUACUGUGCGCACACACUAGCACACCUUGAUUAUAGGCGGCCAGACACAUACGCAAGCACACACAACCUGUCUGCAGCCAGAAGUCAACAUGGGUCUUGUGAUGGGAACCUUUUCCAUGCAAACCAAGCAGGUGAACUACCACAAAGAUAAAGCUGAUGAUGACUUGGAGAUGACCAUGGUGUGCCAUCGACCGGAGGGCCUCGACCAGCUAGAAGCUCAAACCAACUUCAGCAAACGAGAGCUCCAAGUGCUUUACAGGGGCUUCAAGAAUGAGUGUCCAAGUGGCGUUGUAAAUGAGGAAACUUUCAAGCAAAUAUACUCCCAGUUCUUCCCACAUGGAGAUGCCAGCACCUACGCACACUACCUGUUCAACGCAUUUGACACAGCACAUAGCGGCUCCAUAAAGUUUGAGGACUUUGUAACAGCUCUGUCCAUCCUGCUGCGCGGCUCCAUCACUGAGAAGCUGCAGUGGACCUUCAACCUUUACGAUAUCAACAGAGACGGAUACAUCAACAAAGAGGAGAUGACCGACAUCGUCAGAGCGAUAUACGACAUGAUGGGGAAGUACACCUACCCCGUUUUGAAAAAUGACGCACCCAAACAGCAUGUGGAUGCCUUCUUUCAGAAAAUGGACAAAAACAGAGACGGUGUGGUCACUUUGGAUGAAUUCAUCCUCUCCUGUCAAGAGGAUGAAAACAUCAUGAGGUCUCUACAGCUCUUUGAAAAUGUCAUCUAGACAAGAAAGAACAGGGAGACGGUGCAAAAGACCGAAAGCACAAAGAGGAGAAGAAAGAACACGGGAGAAGAGAUCAACAUGCAAGAGAAAUGGAUGGCUUGUGACUGAAACAAAACAUGGGUCUUGUCGCUUUGUGUGGGACGGCUGCCACAAAACCUCAUGGAAGCUGUCUUGUUGUAACAAAUUCAUGGCGACAAACCAUCCCCUAUUUUGGAAAAUGGACUUAAAACCUCUCGUUUAACCAUUUACCUCGUCUCCAUCUCUUUCGUUUGUUGCUGUCGUCGCCUUGGACAGUGUGUGUUUCAUGGCAUUGUGUAAAUACUGAUUCACUCACGAUGCUUUUCUGAAAUGUGUUAAUUGCACAACAUUACAAAGCAGGACCGGAAAUCCUAAAAGCAGCUCAGCAGUGAGAUAAAAAAAUAGCUGUUUUCAUCAUGAAUUUCUAUGUCAACACAACAAACGUGAGCAAUAUCGUAAAGCAUGCAAGACAGAGGCCCAUACGGCAUAUUUAACAUAUAUGUGCCGUGAAGAACUCGGUGGCAAUAUACUCAGCUACAUGUGCAUACAUUUGGGAAUGCCUGGGCUUAGCAUCUCACAGAGCCGCCUCAUGUUUUCAGACUGUAAAGGUUUGCAGAGCUGAAUUCGGUGACAGUUUGCAACAGUCCUCUUUACACCUACUGUGUGUGUUCAAGUGGUGUCAGUCAGUGUUUUAGUGUCGUAACGACUCGACUGUAGAUAUUUAACUGUUGUGGCCUCUUCUGUGGAAUCAUCCGUGUCUUGUCUGUGUGUUUCUGAUUCUGACUGUCUGUCUGUCUUUCUGUCAAAUUGGAUCUAAUUAUUCUACCUGAUGCUUAUUGUUAAAUAAAGAGUUGCACACAGAUGCAGAGUGACACAGGGGAUGUGCAUGUGUUUCUGUGUGUGUGUGUGUGUGUGUGUGUGUGUGUGUGUGUGUGUGGUGUCCUGAUGUAAAGUUUGCCAGAAUAUUAGUGUCAUUUUUCUUGCAUGUACAAGCAUUAAUCUUGCGGACACUAAUCAGUCCAGCUGAACAGAGAGGAGAGUGUCGUCGUCAGUUCUGUCUGUUAAAAAAAAGUCGACUCAGAGCGACCAACCUUUCACUGUGAAGGAGAGGCGGGAGAGGAGAGCUAGAAGAAGUGGAGAGAAAAUUAAGGAAGGCAAGAGAGACCCUUUCACUGAUUCUGAAGGAAUGGAAGCCAUGUUUCGAACAAGAGCCAUCGUGUUGAGGGCAAGACAAAGGCAGGACAAAAAAAGAAUAAAUACAGAUGAAUAAAUGCUUUACUGUCACACCCACUCACUGUGCUACCAAUAGUGUAAUAAAAAAAAGCAGAAAUGUGUUGCAGCUCAUCUCAAACGUACCCAAACAUACUUCCAGAUCGACUGACAGACAGGAAGACAAACAGACUGUCAGAAUGAAAUAAC